GAGAGGUGUUGCUGUGGAUCCUCAGUAGAAACACUGGGAACAUUUGUUUGAUGCUAUGAUGCAUUUGAAUAAAAACGAAGGUUCUGAAGAAAUCUUGAAAACGGAGAUGGAUUAUGAACGGCCAAGACCUCAGAAAGAUGUUCCAUGUGGCAGGCGGACCGGUAUCCUUGUGCUUCUGGGAACGGUUGCCAUGGUGAUUUCCAUGAUCAUAUUAUUUGUCAUUUGUGGUGACCUGGUUAAGAGGGUUACUAAGGUGGAGAACUUACAUGUAAACAAAUCUAGUGAUCCAGUGACCAAUGAAAAGAGAUUGUCUGAUAUUGAAAGGUUGAUGAACAAUCUUAACUCAUCAUUGAUCUUACUCACAUCCAAACAAGAUGAAGAUCUGAGAAGACUCGAAGAGAGACUCCUAAACAGUCUGAAUGAACUGAAAGCUCAGAUUAACACCAAAUUAUCAUCAGCUGCAGAUAAACCGGUAUCUAACUGUAAAACUGGCUGGACACUGUAUAAUAACAGCUGUUAUCAGUUCUCCAGUUACAAACUCAACUGGAUGCAGGCGCGAGAUUACUGUGAAAAACAGGGAGCAUCGCUACUGAAACUCGACGGGAGUGACGAAGAAUGGGAAUUUGUGACACAUACGAUCGCAGAAGUCCCUCACUGGAUUGGUCUGACGGAAAAGACCACAGGGCAGUGGAGAUGGACUGAUGACACUCCUUUCACAAAUGUCAAACUUUGGCAUGAAGGACAGCCGGAUGACUGGAAACACCAUGGAAAGGGAGAAGGAGGAGAAGACUGUGCCCAUAUAUGGCGGAGUGGGAAGUUAAAUGAUAUUCACUGCAAUACAAAAUAUAACUUCAUUUGCAAAACUGAACCUGAAAGUAACUGAAAUACGGCAAGAUGAUCUGAGAUGAAUAGUUCAGGACAUCAGUUCUCUGACAGUGAAUGGUGUUUUCAUCCUCUGGACAAAAGCAAAAUCCAAUGUCCAAGUUCCCUUGAACCUUUGUUACUUUGAUUUACUUCUUUGAGAAAAUAAAGGAAUAAAUAAAAUUGUUUAAAUAAAAGAAUUCAAGUCAUUAAUUAAAACUGUCUUACU